GCGAACAAACCCCGACCGCACCGCACGUGUCUACACCGAACAAUGACAAAAAAUAGUUAUUAAAAAAAAUAAAAAACAAAACCAACUAAAUUUGAAAAAUAAUUGUCAAUGUUUGUUAUUAAAAAGUUAUUUGCAAAUUGAAUUCGGGCGUAAAAUGAAAGUGAAAUCCGUAGUGCAUUGACCGUCAUGAUGUUAAGCGAAAAUAGAUGGAAAGUAAUAUUGCUGGUCGCGGCGUGCGCGUGCGCAGCCGAGCCGAGUCGCGCGCUGAGCCUAGUCUACCCCCGCCAAUACAGCAAUAUAAUGUUCAUACCAAAAAACUACAAAAGGACCCGGAAACAGAGAGUUCUAUUCCUGGACGACGACGAAAACCAUCAAUCAUUCAAUGGACCUAAUCCUGGUGAGAUCGAUCUCACACUCGAUAAAUCAUCUUCUAAGAUAAAAUUUGAUGAUAAUCAAGACUAUGAAUUUACGUCUGAAGAGAAAACGUCUUCAGGAAAUGAAAGGUAUUAUGAACCGGCACCUCGUUUCAGGCCGUUCCAAACCCACCCAGCUUAUUACCAGGGAAGGUACAAUAGGCCUUAUGCUCCUAAUUAUUACGAUCCUUACCACGGCCCUAUACCUUUCGCCCCUUUAGUAAGGAACAGUUUUUAUUCUCCAAAUGGAUGGAAAGCGAGGAGUCCGAGAGUGGUUUUUCCAUACGCGACUGACAAUUCAAAUUCAUUGGUACAGACCAAUGGACAUACAGGCCCAAAUGGAGUGGAUAACGUAGUGUUCAGGGACCAGAAUUUUGGUACAAAUGACAUCGGUACAGAUGAGCAGAGUCUACAGGACAUUGGUACGGGCAGUGCUGACGCCUUUGCGGAGAGAGAUGCCAACGACCAACAUCGAGCUCGGAAUAGAAUUGGAAUAAAAGUUAAAAACAAAAUCAAGUUCCUAGAAAAACCAAUGUUCGUACAAACGGAUGGCAUAAGACAUUUAAAAAGAGUGGACAUUAUUUUCCCAAACGCGACAACGACAAUUUUACCAAAAUUCAAACCGAUUUCAGACGAACAAAUGCAUCGAGUAUCACAAAUUUUAAGAGACAUAAGUACAACACAUAGUACAAAUUUAAAUAGUUUUAGAAAAGGCAGAGUUUUGACUGCUCCGGACGUUCCAGUGACUUCUAAAUUGGAAGUUCUGCCUCAGAAGGAGGACCGACAAGAUGAAAAGAAAUGUCCCCAAGGGGGGACAUGCGAAUACUUUUUCUACUGCUGGAUGGUCGGAGGCCUUCUGGAAGGUUCUUGUGGUGGUCUUCUAAGGGGAUGCUGCCAUAGAGUCGCGAAAGCCGGCAUUUUAGGAGUACAAGACUCGAACAGUAUCGAAUACUCGCCAAAUGAAGGAUUGAGUUAUGGUCCUGUGAUAAAUGACGAGAGCUGCGGUAUUGCUACCAGCAAACAGCAGGCGCAGCGACGCAUUGUGGGUGGAGACGAUGCUGGGUUCGGAACUUUCCCCUGGCAGGCGUACAUCCGCAUUGGAUCUUCCAGAUGCGGAGGGUCCCUGAUCUCACGGCGUCACGUGGUCACGGCUGGCCACUGCGUAGCGCGCGCGCAGCCACGGCACGUGCGCGUCACUCUCGGCGAUUACGUCAUCAACAGUGCUGCGGAACCCCUACCAGCGUACACGUUCGGCGUGCGAGCGAUCAAAGUUCAUCCUCUGUUCAAAUUCACUCCACAAGCCGAUCGGUUUGACGUAGCUGUCCUCACUCUAGACAGGAAUGUCCACUACAUGCCGCAUAUAGCACCAAUCUGCUUACCGGAACGAGGGUCUGACUUCCUGGGACAAUAUGGCUGGGCAGCAGGCUGGGGCGCGCUCAGCCCUGGCUCCAGACUUCGUCCCAGGACGCUGCAGGCUGUUGACGUGCCAGUGUUGGACAAUCGGGUUUGCGAGCGAUGGCAUAGGGCCAAUGGGAUCAACGUAGUAAUCUACCCCGAAAUGCUGUGCGCGGGGUACAGAGGCGGAGGCAAAGACAGCUGUCAAGGCGACAGUGGAGGGCCACUGAUGCUCGAAAGGGCAGGCCGGUGGUACCUCAUCGGAGUCGUCUCAGCAGGGUACAGCUGUGCCAGUCGGGGGCAACCAGGGAUCUAUCAUCGAGUAGCUCAUACGGUGGAUUGGAUUUCUCAUGCUACUACGUUGUCGUAGCCGUACAGUGUAAUGUGAUUGUGGCCCUAAAUUGUACAGAAAAUUUGAGUAGAAAUAGGGAAAAAAUCAUCCGUCACAUGUGAUCAUAAUUAUGUCAUGUACUUUUAUCACAUGACGCUUUAAAGGCAAAAUGGGAUAAGCGACACUUUUGGUCAUUAUUGA